AUGCGGCCACUCCUGCUGAGCUGGGUACUGGUGCUGUUCUGGGUGUCUGAGGCUCAAGCUGAGGUCUCACUGUCGCCUGAAUUUGAUGACCAAAAAUUCUCAGGUCUCAGGCAUGUCAUUGCCAUGGUGUCUGACUGCAAAGCCUUCCUGGACAACAAGGGCUUUGUGCUGAUGUCCACCUGAGCUGUCAGUGCCUCUGUGGAGGAUGAUCUCAGUAUCUACAUGAAGUUGCCAAGGGUAGACGGCUGUAACUAUACUGCUGCUGAAUACAUGAGAGUAGGGUCUCAGGGGCACUUCUGAGUUCCAGCUAUGUCUUCCCUGGACUGCCCAGAUGCCCACAUCUCCGAUGCUGACUGUAGCUCCUUCACAGAGGUGCACAUCUACAUGGAGCUGGAAGGAGUGUUUAGCAUCACGGUGGAGCUCUACAAUGAGAGACCUGGGCUUGCCCUCUUCCUGGCCCCACCUCACUCUCUGCUGUCUCCCUCACUUCAGCCCACUGCUUCUCCCAGAAUGCACUGCCCUCUAGCCCUCACUGCUUUGCCCCCUUUUGAGGUCGUGUUUGACAAGUCCCACGUCCCGAGUCCCCAGGCCUUGAAGGUCUUUCAAGACUUCUACCCAACAAUGGGGGGCCUGGAUAACAUGAUGAUCAUGUUGCCAAAAUCAAAUACCUAG